AUGUCACUGAAACGUACGGCAAUUUUACUUGCCGUUUCGCAUGCUAAUCAACAACAAUCAACAAAUAACACCGCUUGGAAUUCACUGGCAUCUGGCAAUAUUAAUUCUCAGUACAAUGCCACAGAUUUUUACACUGCAACCAACUUCAACCAUAGCAACAAAAAUUUCAACAAUCAAGGCUUAAGAGUUAUGAGACCAGGUGUUGGAGGUUUUCAUGGAAACGUUAACAUUCUUCUCGGAGGGGCGAUGCUUACAGUGGUUACGACAAUCGUUUGUCUGAUUUGUUAUUGUUGUCAUCGUAAAAUAAAAAUGCGAUCAUCGACAUCAUCUCUUUACCGUCAACAGCGAUGGCUUGAUAAUGAUCCGAAUAUGGAAAUUUAUAGUGUUGAACAGUAUUUCGAUACAUCAGGAUUAUACACAGAGAAUGACAAUUUACCAGCCAUUACGCUCCACAAUGAGCCGCCACCUUCAUAUGACUGUGUAAUGGCUUUGGAUGAAGUAAUCUCGCGGAAGCGAAAAAACUUGUACACAUUCAAGGGUUACCAUAAUUACAAUCAUCAUCAUCGUCAUCAACAUCAUCCAGGCUUUGAUAUAAAGGAUUGUAUGGGAAACAAUUUAACGACACCAACAUCAACUACAACGACACCACAAGUGAGCCUCGAUGAAACGAAUGACGACAUGUUAAGUCCAUCGAGUGUGACAUCACUUUGUAAUUGCAGUUGUCCAAUUAAUCAACACUUCACAACAACUUUAUGCACAAACUGCAGUAAUGUGAUUGGAAGUGCAGAUAAUGUUAACAGUAAUGCAGUUGCAUGUCUAGAGGCAUUAAUUACUGCCCGUAAUAUGGAACUAGACAAUUGUCCAUUAAAUGAAAGGAAUCCAAUGUCAACAGAAAUUGAUUUAUUGAAUGAUCAAUUGAACAACAAUGACUGCAGCGGCAACAGUUGUCAUUUGGAUUCUGUAUCAUCGCCUUCUACAUCAACAUCAACACAUUAUGUUGCAUGUUCAGUACCAUUAAGCGUCGAACGAUUGCAAAGCCAGCAUGAAGUCGAAGAUGAGAAUAGAACGUGCGAAAUUGAUAGAAAUGGAAAUUGUCGACAACAUGAGAAUGUGGACUUGAAUACAAUUAAUCGUAAUGGUUUGAUACGUUUGGAUAUGAGACAAAUUAUAGAUCAAACAGGAUUACCAUCCUACGAAACUGCUCUUAAGUUAAAAUCUAGUGGUUAUGUAUGA